CUUUCAGUUUAAAAUGCGCGCUCAAUGAAAGUGGAUGCACUUUCUUCCUCCGCUAUCACCUGAGCUGAGAGAUCAGAAUCGCCUCGGAAGGGAAGAUUUAGCAACCCUAGAGAAUUUUAUUUUUACUAUUCGUGUGAAAGUCAAGUGCGCAGUUUUUUCCUUUUUUUUUAAUUGUUGUUGAGCUGCACUGUCUGUUGAUGAGCGCGCCAAGAUCAGGCCCCGUUUUUUUCAAGUGCGGUUGAUAGUUUAGAAUCCAUUGUGUGACACGCGAACCAUAAUGCUCCUCAGUUUAUGAUAUAAUUAAUGGACAAUUUUUAGUUUUGUGCCAUCGAAAAAUUAGAACGGUUCAGUGUUUGUUCGAACAUUCGAAUAGGAAACGCUUAAUUUUAGUUAGAAAUACAUGUAUACCUUAUAUAAUAAUAACACAGCUAAGAUUGAGAAGAUCGUUUGUUCAAGUUUUGUGUAUUGUGCAAAAAUGUUCAAGAAAAAAUAAGUUAUCAAGUGCACUACAGUUUGAAUUCAAACUAUUCAGUACAACAGCAACAAUAACAAAAACAACGAAAGCCGCUUUGUACUUAGUCAACAACAUUACGCCAACAGCUGAAGGCACGAGGAAGCAUCAAAAUAAUUUACUGAAGAAAAUAUCAACCACGGAAAAAGAAAUUGAUUAUAAAAAUGGGUUUGGACUUCAUCGAGGGUGGCAGCGCCGAUUACGAGAAUGCACUGAUUCUGACCGGUUUUGGAAAAUUCCACUACCUGUUGCUAGUGGUUUGUGGGUUAAUUUACGCAAACACCGCGGUUGGCAUUACAAUUAUUUCUUUUGUUCUACCGUCGGCGACUUGUGAUUUUCAAAUGACGUCCGAGGCAAAGGGCUGGCUUACAGCCGCACCGAUGCUGGGCAUGGUGAUCGGCUCGUACUUCUGGGGCUGCCUCGCGGACACCAAGGGAAGGCGAAUCGUGCUGAUCGCGGCGCUACUUUUGGACGGAAUUACAGGACUUUUAUCGUCAAUGACACCCAUCUUUAGCCUUUUUAUGCUGCUUAGGUUUAUCAACGGCUUUGCAAUUACAGGAGCCAUGGGGAUUUGUUUCCCAUAUUUAGGAGAGUUCCAACCAACGAAAUACCGAGAGAAGAUUCUUUGUUGGAUGGAAAUGUUCUGGACAGCAGGUAUCAUUUUACUACCUCUAAUUGCAUGGCUAAUAAUUCCAAUGGAGCUGAAAAUUCAUCACGAGUGGACUAUGAACGACAGGAUGUUCUCGUGGAGUUUCAGCAGUUGGAAUUUAUUCGUUGCCGUAUGUUCCUUUCCCAGUCUAAUCCUAGGAUGCAGUCUGUACAUGUUCCCGGAGAGUCCAAAGUUUCUAAUCGAAUGUGGGGAAACUGAUUUAGCGCUCGAGAUUAUCAAAGAUAUUUACGGUACCAACUCAGGACGAGAUCGCUCAGAAUAUCCAAUAAAAAGUUUGAAAGGAAACGAUAAAGUAAACACUAUCAUGGAAACGCACAACCGAUCGAAACGUACGCUAAGCAUGAGAAAGCGAAAACAUUUGAAGAUUUUAUUCAUGGAAAUUUGGGACCAAACGAAGGCACUCUGCUUCAAACCUCAUCUCCGCAACACCCUACUCACCUGUCUGAUUCAGUUCGGAAUCACUAGCAGUUACUACACGCUGAUGAUUUGGUUUCCGGAGCUGUUCGACCGUUUCGAGGCGUACGAGACGAAGUUUCCCAAUACGUCCGCCUCGGUGUGCGACGUGUCCUCGAUCGUGCUGGACGACGUUAACGGGACACUGGUUGAUGACUUCUGUGGAGGAUCCAUUGACACUAGUGUGUAUCUGCACACGGUUAUUCUGGGUGUUGCCUGCAUACCCACCAGCUUUUGGCUUCCAUUAUGUGUUCAUCGUUUGGGAGCGAAAUUUUUCCUAGUUUCGAGUCUUCUGCUGGCAGCCGCCGUUACUGUUGGGCUCUACUUCGUGGUAAAUUCGAUGCAAAAUCUAGUUUUAUCUUGUCUUUUUGAAGCCCUAACCUCCAUGGCCAUCAGUACGGUUUACUGCGUGAUGGUGGAUUUGUUCCCAACUAAUUUGAGGGUGAUGGCAGCGGCUUUAUCGUUGACAUUUGGGCGCGGAGGUGCGCUGGCCGGUAAUCUGCUGUUUGGAUAUCUGAUCGAUCUGAACUGCGUCGUCCCGAUUGUGGUCUUUUCUGCUAUGCUUUUUGCCAGUGGAGUUUUGUGCCUUUUCUUACCCAACACAGGAAGUCAAGCCCUCGAAUGAUCGAAGAUCCGUUCUGAUUAAGUGAUAAAGUUGUUUUUUUUUCUCUGUUAAGAUCAGUUAAAAAUUGUGAGCAUAUUGUGAAGCUUCGUACAGUUUUAGUGCAAAUGAGUAAAUAAAGUUGGUUUUGAGUAAUAAA